ACUAUUGAACCAAGGUAUCAUAUGAUUGUAGAGAUAUUUGACAGUGGGCUGUUGAAAGAUUGUACAGUCAUGGACCGGUCCCGAUGGCCACUGAUUUUCCUAUCUUGUUCUGAAUUUCAGCUUUUCAUUAAAAAAAAAAAAGGACUGCAGAUUCAAGAACUAUCAGGUCAAAGGGACGAGAUCAACGAUUCAACAGGUCGACACUCCAUUGAUUCCGGCGACCCAUCGCCGGAGAAUACAGCAAAUCAGUACCUCUCACUUGGGUUCGCCAUCAAAGUCAGAGGAGGAUGAAGAAACCCUUCAAUUGGAUGGUUCUCCUUUGCUUUUUGUUGGCUUAUAAUGGAGUUGACGCAGUCUCAAAUCAGCCCUAUAGAACAGCUUUUCACUUCCAGCCUCCAAAAAAUUGGAUGAAUGAUCCCAAUGGGCCAAUGUAUUAUAAGGGAGUUUAUCAUCUGUUCUAUCAGUACAAUCCUUAUAGUGCAAUUUGGGGCAACAUUACAUGGGCCCAUUCAAUAUCAUAUGACCUUGUUGAUUGGGUUCAUUUGGAACAUGCUUUGUCUCCAACCGAACCUUAUGAAACCAAUGGUUGUUGGUCUGGUUCUGCUACAAUUCUUUUGGAUGAACAACCGGCUAUCUUAUACACUGGAGCUAACUCUGAAAACCAGCAAUUUCAAAAUUUAGCUCUGCCUAAGAAUCGGUCUGACCCUCUACUGAAAGAUUGGAUUAAAUCACCUCAUAAUCCUCUGAUUGCCCCUGUUGAUGAUAUUGAUCCUUCAAAUUUUAGGGACCCUACUACUGCUUGGCUGGGCCAAGACAGGUUGUGGAGGGUCAUUAUUGGAGGGGAGAUUGGGGGAAGUGGAAUGGCGAUUCUGUAUCGAAGUGAAGAUUUUGUGAAUUGGACUAGGAGUAAGAGUCCGCUUCAUUUGUCGAACGAGACUGGGAUGUGGGAGUGCCCCGAUUUUUAUCCGGUGAGUAUCAACGGUAGUAAUGGACUUGACACUUCUGUUCAGGAUGGGUUAAUCAAGCAUGUACUUAAGGCAAGUUUUAAGGAGGCUGAUCACUACGUAUUGGGGAGUUACAUUCCAGGAACAGACACAUAUUCUGUUGAGAAUAACUUCUUGAGCAAUGGCUCUGAUAUGCGAUACGAUUAUGGGAAAUUCUAUGCUUCCAAAUCGUUUUAUGACAGUGGUAAGAAGAGAAGAAUAUUGUGGGGAUGGAUAAUAGAAUCUGAUAGUGAAGCGGAUGAUACUACCAAAGGAUGGUCUGGCCUUCAGUCAAUUCCUAGAACCAUAUUACUUGGUGAAUCUGGAAGACAAUUGGUACAAUGGCCAAUUAAAGAACUUGAGAAACUACGUACAAAGCAAGUGAGUUUUGAUGACGUGGACCUCAAAAGUGGUUCCCUAUUCGAAGUCCCAGGCAUUACAGCUGCACAGGCCGAUAUCGAAAUUUCGUUCCGUUUAUCUGGUCUUAAAGAAGCAGAAGAGAUGAAUGCGAGUUGGAAUGAUCCACAGUUUCUCUGCAAAGAGAAUAAUAAAGCUUUGGGGAAAGGCGCAAUUGGACCAUUUGGCUUGUUGGUUUUGGCUUCUAAGGAUUUGACAGAACAAACUGCAGUCUACUUUCGAGUAUUCAGAAACCAAUAUGACAAAUAUGUUGUGCUCAUGUGCAGUGAUCAAAGCAGGUCUUCUCAAAGGGAAGGGCUUGAGAAAGCCACUUAUGGAGCAUUCGUCGACAUGGACCCUCUUCGUGAAACGAUAUCCUUAAGAAGCCUGAUAGACCAUUCUAUCAUUGAAAGUUUUGGUGGGAAUGGGAAAGCCUGCAUCACUGCAAGAGUGUAUCCAAAGAUAGCCAUAAACCAAGAAGCCCAUCUCUAUGCAUUCAACAAUGGAAGUAUGGAUGUAAGAAUUACAAGAUUAAGUGGUUGGAGCAUGAAGAGAGCCCAAGUUGUUCCCAUCCAGAAGAGAAGAAAAUCACCCAUUGAUUGAGAUAUCAAAAUUUCGAAGUUUUGUUAGGUAUAUUAUUUUAAACAAUAAAGCACACACACAUAUAUUCUCUUUUAAACACAAAGUUAGAAUCAUUUAAAAACUUGAUUGAAGUGUAGUAGUGAACCAAUUGGUAUAGUUGUGUUUCCAAUUAUGCAUCUAAGUCAAAAAAGCAAAGAAUACAACAUAUUCUUAAAGCGAGGAAGCAAAUGUAGAAGACAGAAUAUUUUCUUAGGGAAAAUUGUUAAUUAAAAACACUCCUAGUACGAUAAUACUUA